AUGACACAGUCGUUCAAUAGCGUGUCGGAAUUCCCCUAUGCGGAGGCGACCACCGGGUCAGCCAAGCGUACCUCGCUUAUUCAACAAGGUGCGCUUCCACCGUGGACCAUGUCAACCGUCGAGUCGACAACGGUCUGUACGGAGGACAAAGUAUUUGCAAUUGGCGGAUUCGAUGUAUACAAGCAGCGCACCGUGUCGCACGCACGUAUGUGGGAUUCUGGAACGCGUGUCUGGAUGCGAAUGCCCGAUGCCCCAUUCCGCGUCGCCCAUGCCAGCGCCGCUGCUGUGCCUGGUGAAGGGUCCGUCGUGUUGUUCGGUGGGUGGGAAGGCGAGAAGUGCAGCGCGGAGCUGUGGUAUCUCCACCCUCGGCGCCCCGGUGGCACCGCUGUUGGGGUGGGCGAGGUCUCCCCGCCGGGCCGCGGGGAGGCGGCGGGGGGGCUCCGCGCCCCGCC